AUGUCCCAUGGAAUUCCCCGCUAUGUUCAGGAGAGGACAGAGGAGGCCCGACAGCAGCAACUGCGCAAAAUCGAAAAGUACCAGGAGCUAGACAAGCUUGUUCAUCAAAAGAUUGCGGAACAUGAAUACACGACUGAGACUCUUCAGAAUAUAUCUGAGUUACUGACCACAAAUCCCGAAUAUUAUACUGUAUGGAACUACCGGCGUCAAGUCCUACAGCACCAAUUCUCGUUGGCAGCAUCAAAUGACUCCAACCAAAUACCAACACUUAUCAAGAAUGACCUGAUGUUCUUAAUUCCCCUCCUCCGUAGCUUCCCCAAGUGCUACUGGAUCUGGAACUACAGACUCUGGGUUCUUGAUGAGGCCAAACGCUUAUUGCCUGCCACAGUGGCCCGCAAAUUCUGGCAAGAAGAAUUAGUUCUUGUGGGCAAAAUGUUGAGUCUUGACAGUAGGAACUUCCAUGGUUGGGGGUACCGGCGGUUCGUCAUCCAAUCACUGGAAAAUCUGGGAGCAGACGAGGAUGGGAAGCAGAGUCGAGCCCAGGAAGAGUUCGAAUAUGCAAACAAGAUGAUAGGCACCAACCUUUCGAACUUCUCAGCCUGGCACUAUCGAACGAAGCUCAUAAAACGACUCUUAGAUGAGAAGUCUGCGGGCGAUGAGGAGCGGAAGAAGAUGCUUGAUGAUGAACUGAAGCUCAUCCAUCGCGCUCUGUGCGACCCUUACGAUCAGUCCUUGUGGUUCUAUCAUCAAAACCUCAUGUGCACCUUUGACACAGCAGACUCGGCGCAGACGAUGGCGCCGAACCUAUCGACCGCAGACCGACUAGAGUAUCUCCUUGUGGAGAUUGAGGAAAUCGAGGAAAUGCUAGACGGCGCAGAAGACUGUAAAUACAUCUACCAGGCACUGAUCAACUGCACGCUCCUGGCCUGUAAAAUCAGGGGCACGUCAUCGUCCCAGGAUCGACUGAACGUCACGAAAUGGCUCUCGGAAUUGAAGACCAUCGAUCCCCUCCGGAGCAAGCGGUGGUCUGACCUUGAACAAAGGCUGAAGACCGAGCUUAAUGAUAGAUGA